UGGGAGGGCUGCGUACCGGCAGGAAAAGCCAAGACCUGGCAGAGAGACGCCGGCUGGACCUCAGAGGAAUGUCGUGUCCGCGCAGAGGCUGCUUUUACACAUGAAGAAGAGAAACAACACCGAAGUUGCGAUUGUUCGGGGUUAGUUACGUGUGAUGGAGCACACAGUGGUGGACACUGGCUCACUUUUUACUUCAGGAAUUAAGAGACAUGUGAAAGACAAAAGAAUUCCAAGGACUGGAAAGCUGAAUGUUUCUCUUGCUUCAAAAAUCAAAACAAAAAUACUAAACAAUUCUUCUAUUUUCAAAAUUUCUUUAAAGCACAACAACAGGGCAUUAGCUCAGGCUCUUAGUAGAGAGAAAGAAAAUUCUCGAAGAAUUACAACUGAAAAGACGCUAUUGCAAAAAGAAGUGGAGAAGCUGAAUUUUGAGAACACAUUUCUUCGCCUAAAACUAAAUAAUUUGAAUAAGAAGCUUAUAGAAAUAGAAGCACUCGUGAACAAUAAUUUGAUAACUGCAAUUGAAAUGAGCACUCUUUCUGAGUUUCAUCAGAGUCCCUUUCCACUGCCGACUAGCAAGAAGAAACGGGUCAGUAAACAGUGCAAGUUGAUGCGUCUUCCAUUUGCAAGGGUUCCAUUAACUUCAAAUGAUGAUGAUGAUGAUGAUGAUGAUGAUGAUAAAGAUAAAGAGAAAAUGCAAUAUGAUGACAGUGUUAUAUCAAAGAUAUCACCUGAUAUUCCCUCUUCCGUAUCAACAAGACAAGCUUUAUCAAAAAGUCAUUUAUACUCAGACCAAAAUUUCAUGAGUUCUCCGAUGAGUGAGAUGAAAAAUGCCCAGUCAAUCAGCCACAGAAAGGAGAAACCAUCUCUCAGUAAUGUAACGGAAAGGAAAAAACAUGUGUCUUCUCAGGAAUCAAAUAAUCCUUCUGUUGACAGUUCUCAUGGGACAGACUUGGAUCAACAACACAUUUUAAGUCCAGAAUUAAAUUGGAAUAAUGAAAUAAAUGAUCAUACUAAUGAAAAGAAUAUUAAAAUGCAAGGAAGCAUACAAUGCCUUCCUGACUCAUCUGAGUCUACAAGUGAGCCUACUGCAGAGUACAUGAAUCCAAUUCAGGGUAGUGAUGACUUUCAGUUGCAGAAAACUGUGUAUGAUGCUGACAUGGAUUUAACUGCUAGUGAAGUAAGCAAAAUUGUUACAGUUUCAACAGGGACUAAAAAUAAAAGUGAUAAAAAAUCAAAUGAUUGUGGAAUAAAAACUUUCAGAAAAGUGAAAGAUUCAAGCUCUGAAAAGAGAGGAAGAUCAAAGAGACAAUUUAAAAAUAGUUCAGAUAUCAAUAUUGAGGAAAAGAUUGAAAAUGGACCAGAGAAAAGAUCAGUUGUCUUGAAUAGCAAAGGGGAUUCAGAAGAUCCAAAUUUUAUUUUCAAUACUGAGCAGCUGACUCAGUUGAACAUACUGAAGAAAGAAACCCUUCAUAAUGGUUCUGAUCAAGAUGACAGACAAAAUACACAAUGUAAUAAAAGAAAGAAAAGAAUACAUGUAACAAAUGAGCAAGAGGAAGCAUACUCCUUCUCCCAGAGUUCAGAUAAAUUUGAUAUAGGUCAGAGUUCUUUAGCUUAUCAUAAAAGUAAAGCUUCUAGACAGACUUUUGUGAUUCCUAAGUUAGAAAAAGGUAACUUAUUCUCAAACCAAAAGAAUAAAGAAACCACUUCUGAAAACCUAGAAGUCACAAGUGCAUUUCAAACAGCUGAUCUUUCCACCAAAGAUAAUGAAAGUUUAUGUGAGUAUGAGCCCCAAAAUAUGUUGGAUUUGAAAAAGCAUGUCACUGAUAUGCAGCCUGCUCAGCAAAAUGAAUCAAAAAUAAAUGAGAAGCUUAGGCAGAAAGUAAAUCGGAAGACAGAAAUAAUUUCUGAAACAAACAAAGUAUAUGGGGAUACUGCUAAAGAUGUGCACAGCCCAGGAAAAGGUAACUUUUCCUUCCAAACCCAGGAGGAUAAAGAAACCAUCUCUGGAAACCUUACAGUUUCAGAUGAGUUUCAGAAACCUGCUCUUUCCACCAUUGGUAAUGGAAACCUGUGUGAUUGUGAGAUCCAAAAUGUGUUGGAUUUGCAAAAGCAGAUCACCGAUGUGUAUCCUGUUCAGCAAAAUGAAUCAAAAAUUCCUAAGACUUUUAGGCAGAAAGUAAAUCGGAAGACAGAAAUAAUUUCUGAGGUGAAUCAUUUAGAUAAGAAUGUGUAUUUCCCAGAAAAGGGUAGUUCUUUCUUCCUAACCCAGAAGGAUAAAGAAAUCAUACCUGAAAAUAUAAAAGGCCCAAGUGAGUUUCAAACACCUUCCCUUUCUACCAAAGAUAGUGGAAGCCUACAUGAUUAUGAGACUCAAAAUGUUCUGGGAGUAGCAAAGCAUAUCCAUGAUAUGCAACCUGCUUGUCAAAAUGAAUCAAAAAUAGGUAAGAAGCUUAGGCAAAAAGUAUGUCGGAAGACAGAAAUAAUUUCUAAAAUCAACCAAGUAUAUGAGAAUGAUGACAAAGGCAUAUAUGACCCAGAAAAAAAUAACUUACUUUCUCUAACCCAAAAGGAGAAAGAAAUCAUCCCUGAAAACCUAGAAGACUCAAAUGAGUUUCAGAUGGCUGAUCCUUCUACCAGAGGUGUUAGGAACUUAUGUCAUUAUGAGACUCAAAACAUUUUGGGGGUGAAAAAACAUGUUACUGAUAUGCCACCUACAAAGCAAAAUGAAUCAAAAAUAAAUAAGAGGCUCAGGCAGAAAGUAAGUCGUAAGACAGAAAUAAUUGUGGAAAUGAACCGAGUAAAUGAGCUUAAAAAAAAAGGUGUAUAUGACCCAGAAGAAGGUAACUUCUUUUCCCUAACCCAAACAGGUAAAGAAGCCAUUUCUGAAAACUUAGAAGUCACAAGUGAAUUACAAACAGCUUAUCUUUUCACCCACAAUAAUGGAAAUUUAUAUGAUUGUGAGACACAGAAUGUGGUGGAUUUGAAAAAGCAUGUGACUGAAACGCAACCUGCUCAGCAAAAUGAGCCAAAAAUAAAUAAGAAACUUAGGCAGAAAGUAAAUCGGAAGACAGAAAUAAUUUCUGAAAAGUACCAAAUAUAUGGGGAUAAUGACAAAGAUGUGCAUGAUAAAGAAAUCUGUAAAAAAGAUCUUGCUUUUCAAGUAAAUAAAUCUAAACAAAGCCUUGAAUGCCAAGAUCUCAUCAGUGGAUACUCUAUGGAAAUCAAUAGUAAUGAAAAGGAAAAUUGUGAUCAAAUUUCAAAUCCUUACAAACUAGUUAAAAAGCCUGGGAAAGAAUCAUCAGGCAAGGCAAAGAUUUUCGCAAAAGGUAAAAACAAAUCUAUUUCACAGUUACCAGAUUCUUUACAGACGUCUGUCUUCCUAGAAUCAGAUUUAAAAUAUAUUACUAAUGAAGCAGAUUCUGAUCCUGGUAAGCACGUGGACCUCCAGGAGAAUCUAAAGGAAAGCUCUACAACUCUGAAUGAAAAAAGAGAUAUCCCUUUUGUGGAAGUGGUAAAAGAAGGAGAGUGUCAGGGCAGAAAAGUAAACAAAACAGCAUCUAAAUCAAAGAAAAGGAAGACCAUCUAUCCUUCUUCAGAUAGCCAGAAGGUAAUGCAGGUAGUAUCUGACACUGACCAGGGAAUAUCAGUUAAAUCUGGACAAACUGAUGAGGAAAAAAAUUCAGCAAAUGAGAGAGCUGUCAAAAUGAAGGCAGACUUUUACAAAGAGGCAUUUAAAUCUUUAUCUCAGGUAUAUUCACCUAACGUACAAGAUUCUUCCUUUAAGAGCAUGCAUGAGGAUUUAGUACCUCUGAGUACUUCUCCUAGUAAAAAUCUGAUGAUAAAAGAAAAUUUUGCCCUGGAGAGCUCACCAAUCUUUCAAGUAAGUGAUGAUGAACAUGAGAAGAUGAAAGGGAUGAAUUUCAACCAGAGAACACAAAAAUCAGGAAUAGGUGGUAGAACAUUACAGGAUUUGACAAAUACCAGUUUUGUUUCAAAUAAUGCUGCUAAAGCGGAAAAUAAGUCAGAAAAUCCAUCUUUAGAGCUACCAAGCCGAAGAAGAAGGUGUACUCCUCUCUAUUUAAAGGAGCCAAAUCUCAAAAGGAAAAUGAGAAGAUGAGGUGAAUUUUUGGAUUCUAGUUUUUUUGAAUUCUCAAACCAUACCAAGUCAAAACAGGGAUAUAACAAGGAUUCAAAAGAUGAAAUGCAUGAUGAAGGCUUUCCUCCCCACCUUUUCAUGAGUAUUAAUUUAUUCUUAUGUUUACAUAUAUGUAUAUAAAAUAGCUAUCACUUUGGUCAUUCUAUAACUUAUGUUCCUGUUUUUGUAAACUUCUUUCAACCAAACAGCCUUUAACUAAGCAAAAGCUGUUAACCUUUUAACCAAAUAAAAUGUGUUGUAAAUAUUUUUGCAUUAAUUAUCUUGUUGCAUACCAAACUAUCUUGUUUUGUUUGGUUUUGAAACCAUCCAAUAUAUUUGAUCACCUAGAAGAUUUUAAAAGUUGCCUUCUGCCUUGGCCAGUUUUCUGUCCCCCUUCAUUCUUAUACUUUCAGAAUUACCUGUUAGAUGUCAGUUUCUGUAUUAUUUCCAUUCUGUGUAAUCUGAUGACUUGGCUGAGGGGCUUAACCUUUCAGGCUCUUUAAAAUUUGGUUUUUAUAACUUUAAAGAACACUUACUAUACUAAUAGUAGAAAGUAAUAAAUCCUAUUCAUUUCUGAGUUCAGUGAACAUAGUUUACUGUAUUCAAAUGACAAGUCAAAUUCUAUUCUGCCUAGAUGGAAAAGCUUGCUUAAAGAAUAUCUGACAACUAAAAGGGUGGACUCAGUGUUUUUAACAAACACUCCAGAUCAUUCUGGGACAGAGUGUCCUAGGACCAAACUUUGAGGAACUGCUGUAGGAAUAAAGAGUCCCACGGAACUUAUUCAUAAUAUCAACAAUGUGGGUUGAAUGGAGGCCUUAUUAAAGGAACAGUUUAACACAAUGAUUAAGAGCUUGGCACCCUGACAGUCUUUGUUCUCUUUCCUGUACACCUAUUACUUGGAGACUAUGGACCUCCUAGAGUUAGUCUCCAGUAUUAUAUUUUUGUCCCUAAUGCUUAUUUCUGUUUUUCCUCCUUUCUAUGAGAUUUUUCUUUUUUUCCCUUCCUAUGUAAAUUCUUUUUCAGUUUAUGUAGUCAAAUUUAUCAACCUUUUCUUGCUGGUGGAAUUUGGUCACCAUAAGAAUUUUCCUACUUUCAGAUUACAAAGACAUUUACCCAUGGUUUCAUUUUGUUUUACAUUUAAAUUUCUGAUUCAUGUGGAUUUUUUUCUAUUAUAUGAGAUACAAAUGUAAUUUCAAACGUCUUUGAAGUGACUCCCCCAUUAAUGAGAGGGUUCAUGUUUUCCACUACCGAUUUGAAAUGCCACCCUUUUUUAUGUUGUAUUUCUGUGUGCACUUAAAUUUCUCAAUUUUCUGUUGUAUUCAUCUGUGUGUCUGUUUGUGCCCCACUACCAUACUCUGUAGACUUUAGGGGGAGUAUCGAAGUUUCCCUCCUAGAGCUUUUACAUAUUUCUUAAUAAAUUUAUGCCUAGGUAUUUUAUUUUUUUCUUGGUAAUAUCAAUGGGAUCUUCCCUUUGAUUCUCUCUUCUAAUUAUUAUUUGCAUAUAUAUGUUGAUUACUGAUUUCUGUAUGUUAAUUACUGAACAUUCAUUGUUUGUAGUAUUUUCCAGACAUAUGUCCUGAAAACUAAGUUAACUUUACCUCUUUUUUUUUUUCCCUUCCAAGUCUUAUACCUCUCAUUGCUUUAUUUUGUCUAAUUAAUUGUACGGCUGCUACCUUAAGUAAAAUGUUAAAUGGUAGUGAGAAGAAUAGGUAUCCUUGUAUUGUUCCUGAUUUUCAUGGGAAUGCCUCUGGUUUUACCCUAAUAAGUAAGAUGCUGGGUUUUGAGCUAGUCAUGUAUAAUUUAUAAUCACAUUAAAGCAUUGUCUAUCAAUUAUUUUAUUGAGUUCUUUUUUAAAAAAUCAUAAAUGAGUGUUGAAUUUUUCUCAAGUGACUUUUAGCAUUGAUAGAGAUUGUAUGAGUUUGGGUCCAGUGAAGAGAUAGAAGCCACAAUUAUUUUAUAAAUUGUUAGCCACAUAGUACAGAACUAAACAAGAAUUAAAAAGACAAAAGGGACCACUGGAGUGUCAUAGAGGAAGUAAGUGCGGGCGGUCCCUUUGGGCCUGGAGGAGCAAAGAAGAAAGGACGAGACCUAAAGGCUUGGAGGAAGAGUUCCAGGACCCUAGGGAUGGGGUGCAACGGGUUAGUGCUGUUUCCCUGAAGGGCUCUGACAAGACUGGCCUGAGAGUGUGGACAAGCUGCAGACUGGGGCCAUCCGUUGCUUCUGAAGUCAGUUGUUCCUGCGGGGGGCGGGGGGGUGACCCAUUGCUGUGAUGAGGCUGACAGUAACAAGAAGCAAACAGGAAGAAGCAAAUUUCUUUUUCCUCCUCCAUACUUGCAGUUUGCUACUAUCUCCUUCUAUUGCCAGAGACUGAAAUGGAGCCUGGCAAAGGAAAAAAUGUGGUUUUGCAAAGGCCUGGCCUUAAACGAAAUGGAGUGAGACCUGUGGAUUUGAAGCUGAAACAUAAGAGCUUAAUAGCAUAAUGGGAUAGGAUUAUUCUCCUUGGGUAUAUUAAUGUAACAAACUAUGUUUACUAAUUUGUUGAUGCUGAAACAUUCUUACUUUCAUGGAAUAAAUUCCACUUUCUAGUAUGUGUCAGCCCUUGUCUCUAACCUCUAAGUCCACCUCUCUACAAUUUGCUAUAUGAUGCUGGAACUCUACAAAUCAUAUUUGUUUUUCUUUGCUAGAUGACUUUUAAAGCUUCUGUCAACAAGGGGUGAUAGAAAGAGACAGAAUCAGAAAGAGCGACAAAGGACUUGCUCCUUCUUGUUUGCUUGUUUUUCCUAAUCAGCAUCCCCUCAGCAAUGAAGAUUUCCUCGGGGGGAGCACCAGUUAGUUUGUCACCAGUCGGUUUAGCAUUCCUAGAACCGGCCUCAUUCUGCCCCCAUGGAGGUACCAGCACUACUUGGGCUGUGCCCCUCACUGGCCUCAGGCCUACCUCCUCAGGGAGCCUCCUUCAGGCUCCUGAGGUGUCUCAGCUGUCUGCCACAAGCCGUCUUUGAGAUCUGCGUUCUGACUCCUAGAAGCCCUUUCCUAGCUCCUGAGGUAUUAAACAGUGGCUGAGCAGGACCCUGUCCUCAGUCCGCACGAUUCUAGGUUCUAAUAAUCCCAGCCUCUUCUUUUUAUUACCCAGCUGGUUCCUGUGGUACAUUGAUGGAGGGAAUGCCAAAUGAUAUAAACUUUAUAGAAAAGAUUUUGACACUAUCCAGCAAAAUUACGUAGGCAUAUACAGUCAUACAACCCAGUAGUCUCACUUUUAGAAAACUAUAGUGAAAAUUCUCUUGAUUUUGGGUCAGGUCCUGAUC